CAAAAUUAAAAAAUUAUAUGUUUUGUUUAGUAUUUGAGAACAUGUACAAGUAGUUCCAGCUCUAUUAAAAAAUUUUAAUUAUAAUAAUUUAUUAAGUAUGUCAGAGAAAAAGCCGAAUCCUUUGGAUAUAAAUGGAUCCAACUUUAAUCCAAAUAUGUAUCUAGAAAAGGUAUUCAAGGAAUAUUCUUUGAAACAAAUAUUGGAUCAUGAAAUUGAAGUAGUGAAGGAUACGCAAACAUUACACUCAGACAUGCAGACUUUAGUAUACGAAAAUUAUAACAAAUUUAUAUCUGCUACAGACACAAUAAAAAAGAUGAAGAAUGAUUUCAAAAAAAUGGAGACACAAAUGGAUCUGUUGGCUUCCAAUAUGGCUACAAUAACAUCUUUUUCAGACAAAAUAAAUGAUACAUUGCAAGAUACUAGACAAACAAUUAGUAAGUUAUCUCGAAUACAUGCUCUUUUACAGAAGUUACAAUUUCUCUUUAAACUACCAACUACACUUAAAGCUCGAAUGGAAGAAAAAAAUUAUGUUCAAGCUACACAAGAUUAUCUCCAUGCUCAGCGUGUGUUACAUCAAUAUGGUGAUAUGCCUUCUUUUCAAGGUAUCAAAGGAGAUUGUGAAUUGAUUUUAAUUGAACUGAAGAGAGAAUUAAGAAAACAAUUUGGUAAUUCAGAUGCAUCUGCUAAGGAAUUAGCAGAAGCUGUUGAUUUACUAUUAAAGUUAGAUGAACCUGCUAAAGAGUUAUGCAUGGAAUUUUUGUCUUGUGCUGAAAAACGUUUGGCAGAACAGUUAGUUAUGUUAAAAGAUCAAAGUGAGCAGCGUGAUAUUAUUGAGUUUGUUGAUCUAGGUUGUUCGGGUUUCUUAAGUGAUCUGUGUUUAAUUGUUGCUUCAUUCCAUGAUAUGUUUAUAAAUAGACUGCAUAUGGAAAAUAUUGAAAAUAGUGAUAUAUUUGAAAAUUUUGCUGCAGUUGAAUUAGACAGUUUUGUACAAGAUAACAUGAAAAAAUAUUUUGAACUUGUCCAAAAUAAAGUUGAUUCAGAGCAAGAUGUUGGGGAUACUUCUAUAUUGGUGCAAGCACUUGACAGAUUUUACAAAAGAAUAGAGAGUAAUACUCUCUGUAAAGAUAUUGACUUUGCUAAUGUUGCAGCAGAAAUUGUUAUAAAUGCAGCCAGAAAACAAUGCAAAUCUCACUUACAGAUUCUUAAGAUGCAUUUUGCUGACACAUUAACCAAAAUUAGGCAAGCCCUAACUACUCCAAAACUAAUUACCCAGGAAGAAUCUUCAAAAAAUUUAAAUGAAUUAUUAAAUUCAUUGGUCAUUACUAUUGUGGAAAAAGUAAAAGGAGUGUUACAAGAUUUAGUAAUUUUCUUACAACCUAAUAUUAAUUUUGCUUAUAAACCACAAUUCAAAGAUAGUUUUUGCAUAGAUAAUGUUAGGGAAGGUUUAAUAGUUUGUUUCCUUCACCAUUUAACUGCUACAGCAAGAAGUUUUUGCACUAAAGGUGCAUCUGACCCAAAAAUUCCACCAACUCUCUUACUUUUGUUAUCUAAAUUCUGUGUAGAUUUUCAAAAUGGCCAUGUCCAUUUUAUAUUAUCUCAGACAGAUGAAUUAUUUAAUAUAAAUGCUCAAGAAAAUCUUGCUGUCUCCAAUGAAAUAGAAAUUACAAAUUCAAUGCAAGAGUCUGCACAAGAAUUGCUAAAUUUUUUUGUUAGAAUUCAAGGUCUUAACUGCUCGCAAAUGUUAAGAAAAAGUGUAGAAACAAGAGAUUGGCUUAACACUAUAGAGCCAAGAACUGUUAGAGCUGUUAUGAAGAGAGUAGUGGAAGAUAUUUCAGCCAUUGACUCAACUGUAACACAGUUAUAUGAAGAUCAUGGAAACAAUGGUACUGAACAUAGUAGUGAUUCUAGUCGUAAAGCACAUAGUAUUUCCCUGCCAAGACACCAGUACAGAUCGAAUUGGUCUAAUUAUACAUCUAAUCCUUUGGAUUCUGCCCUAGUUUCUAAUAUGCACAGAUUAUUUAGUGAAAGAAUAGAUAUUUUCUCAUCAGUACAAUUCAAUAAAGUGUCUAUAUUAACAGGAAUUAUUAAAAUAAGCUUAAAGACUUUUAUGGAAUGUGUAAGGCUUAAAACAUUUAGCAAAUAUGGAUUGCAACAAAUCCAAGUGGACACACAUUAUUUGCAAUUAUAUCUUUGGAGGUUUAUUGCUGAUGAAAAUUUGGUACAUUUUUUACUGGAUGAAAUAUUAGGGUCAGCUGCCCAUAGAUGUCUAGAGCCAGUUUUAAUGGAACCAAGUGUUGUUGAUAUAAUUUGUGAAAGGGGAUAAUUAAUGCAAUGCUAAUAUUUAUUGGAUAGAUAAAUUAAAUACCCCAAAUAUAUAUGUGUGUAUUCCAUAACUUUUCUAUAUGUUUAUUGCAAUUAUUCUUUUCGUAUUUUGUAAGUUUUAAAAUCAAAUAUAUUUAUCUGUUUUUAUUAAUUAUUUUAUUAAAC